AUGCAUUCGUCUGGCCUUGGCGCAUAUACGCCGGUCCCUAGCAGUAGUCAUCUGGACCCUCCGUCAACAGGCCACUCUUCAGCAUCAUAUCCCGACUCGAUUUCAAAUGCUGUGGCUCGAAAUGCCGUUGGGUCAGGCUUUGGACCAUACGCCUACCCUCAAAACAACAACCGCGAUAGCAUACCGUCGAGCUCUCAGUUCAGUCAUGCCCCUUCUUCCGCCCCCAUUGUCAUGCGACGAGCUAAUACGGCAACACUCCAACCACAAUACUGGGAUGCAGACUUGGAUCUCGAAGACAAUCUCCACGACGUGCGAAGGCCAGAUCGGAGCUCAUUCACCCUCCUUUCUUCUCGUGGAUGGGCAAAUGCGUCGAUGUUGUUCAUACUAGUGUGUGGACUAAUUGCGUUAUUCUUGGGCUAUCCAAUCGCCACCGCGACCGGCAUCACGCAUUCAGCCACUGGAGCGUUUAAUAUUGGUGGUAUCAAUUCAACGGGACAAGUGCCAGUGUUGCUCGGAAUGCCAACACUCAUUGAUAAAGACACGCCUGAAGACGCCUACUCCAGAACGGGGGUGACAGACGGCAAGAAAUAUAACCUCAUCUUCUCCGACGAAUUCAAUACCGACGGGCGUAGCUUUUACCCAGGCGACGAUCCAUGGUGGGAGGCAGUUGACCUACACUACUGGCCAACCGGUGACCUGGAGUGGUACGACCCGGGUCAAGUUACGACGGCUGACGGGAAAUUGGUUAUCACGAUGGCUGAGGUUUUAAAUCACGACCUUAACUUCAUGAGUGGCAUGAUCCAAGGCUGGAACAAGUUUUGUUUCACCACUGGUUAUGUCGAAGUACGGGUCAGUCUCCCCGGGUCGCCUCGCAGCCCAGGUUUUUGGCCCGGGGCUUGGUCGAUGGGCAAUUUAGGUCGCGCGGGAUAUGGCGCCACCACUGAGGGAACUUGGCCAUAUUCCUAUGACUCGUGUGACCUCGGGACGCUCAAAAAUCAAACGGACAAGAACGGCAAUCCCGCUGCGGCCGCCACCGGAAAUAAUGGAGACCCGCUAAGCUUCCUUCCUGGUCAGAAACUCAGCGCGUGUACUUGCUCUGGCGAAGACCACCCGGGCCCUUCUACUUCCAAAGGAAGGGGAGUUCCUGAAAUCGACAUCCUUGAGGCUCAAAUCGAUACCUCUCUGUUCAAAGGCCAGGUUUCGCAGUCAUAUCAGAUUGCGCCCUUCAACUACGAAUACGAAUUCGUCAACACAACACCGGCAAUCUCCAUAUAUGACACCACUCUGACCAAGUUCAACUCGUACAAAGGAAGUGAAAACCAACAGGCUGUGUCUGCCUUGACCUAUAUCCCGGAUACUGUCUAUAGCGACCAAGAUUACGGCGUCUACGGUUAUGAAUGGUGGUCCAAUCCCAACAAGAGGUCAGAAGGCUACAUCACUUGGGUCAGCAAUGGGACCAAGAGUUGGACGGUAACUGCUGCCGCUAUUGGUAAAGACGAUGUCUCUGAGAUCAGCGCACGGUUGAUACCAGAGGAGCCGAUGUACCUCAUUUUGAACUUGGGAAUGUCGCCCGGGUUCCAAGCUCAAGAUUUUCAACACAUGACCUUCCCUAACAAGAUGUACAUCGACUAUGUGCGCGUUUACCAGCGCGAAGGCGUUUCUGAGGGCAACACCUGCAACCCGUCCAAGUACCCGACCGCCGAUUACAUCAACAAGCAUGUAAAUGCGUAUUCUAACCCGAAUUUAACCGUCUGGGCAGACGCUGGCUACAAAUUCCCCAAGAACUCACUCUGGGAUGGAUGUUGA